AUCAAUUUAAUGUGUGCAUACGUUAAUUUAUUUUUUGCUUUCAGCCUCACCGGGAUCUUUAUACUUAUCAUUGAAAUGCCUUUUUGUUGCGCAUUUAUCCCACAAACAGAAUAUAUCUCCCGCGGCGUUGAUAAAAUGGGUCCCCUUCCAAUUGGCAUUAUCUGUGGAGCUCUUGGCAUUAUCGCACUGGCAAUGUGUCCCAGCGUCUCAAUGGGUUUCGCUUUCAUCUUCCUCAUUGCGUCCGCUGCUCUACGGAUCUGGGAGUUCUUCUCGUUGAAGUAA